AUUAUUAAAAACAAAAGCAACAAACACAUAUGCAAACACUAUAAAUAUAUGUUUUUUUAUUUAUUUUUUUAAUCUCGUUGAUUUCGUUCAUGGAACGUGCUGGUACCAAUAAAAACAGAGACGAAAAAGAAUCAUCAAAAUAACAUCAUUCAUUUAAAAAAAAAAAAAAAAAAACCACAAACACCUCUAAAUUAUUUAGAAAUAAUUUCAUUUACAAUUCAAAUAAAUUAAACAAUCAAAAAAUCAAAACUGAUCUAUCAUUAUCAAUUAAAACAAUUAAAAAAAUAAAACAUUUUAAUUAAAAAAAAAAAAAAGUGAGAGAGAGAGGGCGUUUGUGAAAGUGUGUGAGUACGUGUGUCAUGUGUCGGCCAUGUUGUCAAUGAUGAAGAAGAGGAUGCACUGAUUCACCAAAAAAAAAAAAAAAAAAAAAAAAAAAAAAACUGUAAAUUACAUUUUUUCUGUCGUACAAAAAAUAAUAACAAUUAAUAAACAAUAAAGUGUAUGUGAUUGUGCAUUAAUAAUAAAAAACAAACAGCAAAAUAAUUCAACUGUUUAUAAAUAAUAAUUUAACAAAAAAAAAAAAAGGUUGACAUGGCAAACCGGGGAACGGUUGCCCAGAGGCCAAAUGGCACUCAAGGUAAAAUAUGUCAAUUUAAAUUGGUAUUACUUGGUGAAUCAGCUGUUGGAAAAUCGAGCUUGGUAUUGAGGUUUGUUAAAGGACAAUUUCAUGAGUAUCAAGAAAGUACAAUAGGUGCUGCAUUUUUAACACAAACAGUAUGUCUAGAAGAUACAACUGUUAAAUUUGAAAUAUGGGAUACUGCUGGACAAGAACGUUAUCAUAGUUUAGCACCAAUGUAUUAUCGUGGUGCACAAGCAGCAAUUGUUGUUUAUGAUAUACAAAAUCAAGAUACAUUUGUUAGAGCAACAACAUGGGUCAAAGAAUUACAACGACAAGCAAGUCCAAGUAUUGUUAUUGCACUUGCUGGUAAUAAAGCUGAUUUGGCUAAUAAACGUGUUGUUGAUUUCGAAGAAGCUCAAGCAUAUGCUGAUGAAAAUGGUUUAUUAUUUAUGGAAACAUCAGCUAAAACAGCCAUGAAUGUUAAUGAUAUAUUUCUAGCAAUUGCUAAAAAACUCCCAAAGAAUGAUCAAACGGGUAAUGCAAGUACAAGUGGACAGGGUCGUCGACUUGCUGAAGCUGAAGGUCAAAAAGCUACGGGGCGUUCUUGCUCAAGUUGUCCGUGAUUCGUCAAAUUUAUUUAUUGAACUCAUCGUAUUUGUCUUGACAAGUACUGGUUAAUAACGGAUCCCCAUUUGCAUAAAUCAUCAACGUGAAUAAUAAUUAACUAAAUCAAUUUAAAAAAAAAUACAAAAUAUAUAAAUUUUUCAUCAUUAAAAAAAAAGUGACAUGGGGAUUUCCAAAUAUAAAUAAUUUACAAUACGCGGGUUAAUCGUGACACACGACUAAAAAAUAAAAAAAAUUAGUUAAAUAAAAAAAAAAAGAAAAAAAAAAGAUUAAAAAAAUUUAUAAUGACAC